GUUAAACCAAGAGGCGAUCGAAGUAUCUAUUUAAACAACGCACACCAAUGACUGGGUUUUCAGGCAACAUUCUGUGGUUCAUGUUGGUAUGGACGUCUCUGAUAAUUAAUGCCAUGCUGGGAGUCAUCAUGGCAACUCGGAUACAUGCUAUGUACCAAGGAUCCAAGAGGAUACUCAUCUUUCUCAUUGUGGUCUUACUGGCUUGUACGAUUGCCUCCAUGGUUAUGGCGGUGAUAGGGAACAUCGGUGCUUCAGGAGUGGAGAUGAUCCUUUCUGGCAACCAUCAGUGUUUCGAAAAUAUGACCGCAGAGGAUGGACGUCUGAAUACCGAGACUACGGUACCCACCACUGUAUGGGAGAUCCUUGCCUUGUGUCUUGCAGUCUGGAUUGUUAUCAAACACUUCCGUGAACUGCAAAAAUCGCCGACAGGGGCGAAUAUUAGAGAGUGUCUUAUGGUUUUAAUGAGGGGUCAUAUGCUAUACUUUGUAGUCUUUGUCGCUGUGUCUUGCUUCAACCUCGGCACGCUGUCUCAGAAUCUCUCGCACUUUUCUGCGGCAGUCGGUUUUUAUAACGGUAUUGGCGAAGUUGCCCAGGCCAUGCAGAUGUUUGUGCUAGGACCGCGUCUCAUCCUUAACAUUCGAGAAUAUCACGCUCAGCGCGUGGAGAGCUCUGACGAAGCAACUUGCUUCACCACAAUCGAUUUCCCUUAGUUGUACAGGGCAGAUAAUGGAUCGUCUAUUAAGGAGAUUUUCGAUGUCUAGGAUAACUUUUGCGACAUCAGACAAUAAAGAAGCAGACUGCCGAGAAGAACGUCAACUUCAGCGCACUACGCCACGCGCCUGGGAAGAUUGAAUUUUUUU